AUGGCCGCCUAUCUAAUGUGCCUGACAAGUGGCAGUGGUAUGCCGGUGUUUACCAGAUCUGUAGGCAGUGUCAAGCCAUUACCCUUUCCAGUGAUUGGCUCUCUCAACGCUGUACACAUGUUCGCAACCAAUCACAACGCUACUCUGAGAUCUACCACAACGGAAGACGCUAGAAUUGUAUGGCGUGAAUUUCGAAACAGUCUUGUACUGAUAUCUGUCACAAGUCGAGACAGUGCUGCUGAUGAUGUUCUUGCUGGGAAGUUGCUGGAGAAUGUCUUUGAUGCCAUGAUUCUCUUGUAUGGCCUGGAUGAACUGACAAACAUUAAGAAUGUUGAGCGUUUCAAGAAGGAGAUAAAG